AUGGAUCGACGUGAAGAAUAUCGCGAGGACAUGAGCAGUCCCCGAAGCUAUGCCGAUAGCCAGUGGAGCCCACCUUCACACUUCCAGGAACACAAUCAGAUAUACCCAGUCGAUGGUUCUUCACAACCCUACUCCAACUCGAACACCUCGCCAGCAGUCUCACCCCCACUACCAUAUGAACAAGAGUACCACCAGUCUCCACAGCCGCAGAACUAUGAGGCAUACAAAGAAGGGUAUUCGACAGAGAAAGAGACUCCGUAUAGCACACUCGACCCAAUAGGCACGCCUACUCCAGACUUCUCCGGACCUCAAGUAGUGCCCGGCCAGUUCAGUCAAUACCCUCAUGGAGGCCGACCAAUGUCACCUUCAUCGCAUGGAGGCACUACCAUCACGUCUCCAAACAUCCGGCCCUACGGUUUCAAAGAGCAUGUCGACUCGUAUGAGAGUUAUCAUGAACCUGCCCCUCCAGUGCCACCAAAAGACGAUCGAAGAUGUGGCAUGAAGAAGCGCACUUUCUUCAUCCUCAUUGGUCUCGGUGUUCUUGCACUCAUCGGUCUUGGCUUGGGACUCGGUCUGGGUUUGGGUCUAAGGAAGGAGUCACAUAAGGACAUUGUUCAUCCUUUCUGUCGCGAUAACCCAGAAUCAUGCAUCGGCGGUUCUCUCAACGCCGAGUAUAUGUCGAAAAAGGGUGUAUUCAACGGCACUGGUAUCGCUCUAGCUGGCGAGUCGUGGAAUAAAGGCCAACGACGAAUCUUCACGCUCUACUUCCAGCAUCAUACAGGCGACAUCCGGUUCAUGCAAUACACCACAGACAGGCAAUGGAUCGGUGGAACCAAAGCUCAGACUGUGGCCAGUGAUGCAAAGGACGCAUCGCCCAUAUCCGCGGUCGCGUUCGCCAUCAAUGAAACCCAAUUUUUCCACAUCUUCUACAUCGACAAGAACAACACAGUCAAGCAACUGACGCAGACCAACGUCACCGACAUCUGGGAGCCCGGACCACUCAGCGACCUCAACCUCAAAGCAUUCGACUCGCCGACCACUGGGCUGCAGGCGUGCUGGAAGGGUGACUUCUAUGGUGACACUGACUUUACAGAAUUCCCCACCGCUUCCGGUCUAAAUAACACAGUCCCAUUUACAGGACGAAAGGGCAUGAACAUCUGGUACGCCAUCGACGAAUCGACGUUUCAGCAAUAUGCUUGGUACAGUGGCCAAGCGGAGGAAACCUGGAUCGCGACCGAUAAAUGGUCUGGUUUCAAUGGCCACGGCGGCGUCGGCUGCUACAGCUGGGGUGCUGGCUCCACAUCCUACGCCAUGCUGAACAACAAGGACAACGACGUCGAGUUCUGGUGGAAAGACACGAAUGAAAACCUCACGUCCACAGAAACCCAUCCCAUCAACUCGUGGCAAAACGCCACCAUGGGCACCAUACAGGACGUGUAUCCCAUCACGUCGCUGGGCUACACAACAUACUUUUACGCACAAAUGGCGGAUCGAAGUAUCAGAGGAUAUAACGUUACGUACCAAGCCGAGAACACGACGUUCCUCGCAAACGAGACGUUUGCCAUAACUGAUCCUGCGGGCCCAGUGCUUGGGCUUGGGGGUACACAUCUCACUGUCACUGCAUUUGCUGAGAAGCGUGGGGAGGAGACGGUGUGGGACAGCCUGUAUGUCUUUUAUCAGACGGAAGGCGAUGAUAUUACGGCUUUCACGCGAGGUAUGCUGGGCUUGCCUCCUGAUUCAAUGCUGUAG